AUGUCACUAUCAGUGGUAGUAGUGUUUAAUAAUUUGGUUUAUGGCGAUGAAAAAGUCGAUAAUACUAGACUACAAGUGAGUGAAACUUAUCUAAAUUAUGACCGAAAAUAUGUAUUAAAUGACACAAAAGACUUGGAUGUGGCGGCCGGUGGUCAUCAUCACCACACGGCUCAUGGAUCUAAACAUACGUCACACGGCGGAGGAGGCAGUAAAGGUGGUCACAGUGCUGGACAUAAAAAACAUGGUCAACAUGGAUCAUCAUGGGGUCAUCAGGGACAUGGCAAACAUGACAAAUGGGGCAAACAUGGACAUGGAGCCUAUCAUAAAAAGGGAGGUAACAAACACGGCAGUCAUUGGGGUAAACACGGAGAGGGACAUAAAAAAGGACAUUGGGGUAAACAUGGUAAAGAGAAAAACUGGAAGAAAGAUAAGGGAUCGGGUUAUGUGAAGAAGUGGUCGUGGGAUCGGGAAAAGGGCGGCAAAAAAUCGCACGGAUCUCACGGCGGACACUCAUCAGGCCAUAAACACGGCUCACACGGYGGACAUCACGGUUCUCAUCACUUCAAAAAAGGUGGACAUCACGGACAUGGAUCCCAUGGUAGCAGUGGUAGUCACGGACAUAAAGCUCACGGCAAGAAACAYGGAUCGCAUGGCAGCAGUGGACACAAGAAGUCGCACUGGGAUUCAUGGCAUCCCAAACACCAUCACUCGAGCCAUUGGACUAAACAUAGUCACGGAGGACAUUGA